GGGUCGGGCUGUGGGAGCCGGGGGAUUCUGGGGGCAGAGGCCUGGUGUAGCCAAUUCGGCUUUCUGCUCGGGGAGUUUAGAAAUUUAUUCCUAAAUGGAAGACUUGCUGAAGCAGCCAAGGACCCUCCCUCCCUCCUUGGCCUCAGCACACAGCGUUCAGCUCCCUUUUUCACUCAAGCCCCUCCAAAAUCAGGAGUCCUGGGCAUUUUCGCCCCAACUCUGCAGGGCUCAGGUUAAACCUUAUCAACCGCAGGCCUGGAGGUACAGCAGGCCUGAGGCUGGGCUAACCCUCGCCUUGGCUUGCCCUCCCCACCUGGGGCCUUGGGACCCUCCUCAGGCUAUAGCCUCUCCCAACCCUGAGAGAUUGGGCUCAGGCUCCGCCUUGUGCCUGGGUGGUCUGGCUCCACGUGGAAGAGGGAACUCCCGGCCACGCCUUUGCACGUGGAGGUGGUGUGCUGAUUUCAAGCUACCCCAGCUGGACAGCGAGUCCACAGAAAGCACUGGAACCUUAGCAGUCUGGGCGGUGGCACUGAGAGAGAGCGAGCUUCCACUUGCUGGGUCACUUUGCAAAUGCAACAGCCAGGACUGGGCCGUGCCAAAGCUGGGAGCUCCUCCUGGGUCUUGCGGAGAUGCCCUAGGCCCCCAGCAGUGAGGAAGGCCCUGGUGAAAACCCCGUCAAUAAGAGAACCUCUCGUGACGGAGAAGCCCCAGCCAGCGGCAGUCUGCCUCGGACACCUGGCUGCGGGCUGCCAUCGCGUUACAGCAGCAGAGAGAAGCCCGGCUGGCUGCUGCUCUCUUGCAGGGCAGCAGCUCACCUUGCUGCACCACAGUGCCGGCCACUGGAGGGCACUCCUCUGAGGGGCUGGAAGCGAAGCAGCUGACAGCAGGGAGCUGGCUGGGGCAGAGCGUGGAUUCCAAAGGCACAGCCUGGUGUGAGGCCUGGCGUGUUCAUGGGCCUGUGUGCAACCCCGCGUCCCCUGGUUGAGGGGGCAUAGCCGCGGCAGUGAGGUGUGUCAGCCUGGUGCCUGUCCCCUCCUGGGGUCAGCCACGACAACAGUGACAAUGACAGGCCUCCAGCCCGCAAGGGUUGUGAUGGAGGAGGUGGGGGCGGAGGCUGCCGUGGAGCUCCAAGGACUGCCCCCAGACGUGCCCGACCAGCUGCUCCUGCUCUACUUUGAGAAUCGCCGCCGCUCUGGGGGGGGACCUGUGCUCAGCUGGCGGAGACUCGGCUGCGGGGGCAUCCUCACCUUUCAAGAGCUCGCAGAUGCUGAGAGGGUCUUGGCCCAGACGGAGCAUGAGCUACUCGGUGCCCAGCUCAGCCUGCGGCCAGCCCCUCCUCGUGCCCCUGCACGUCUGCUGCUUCAAGGACUGCCCCCGGACACUGCGCCCCUGCGCGUGGAACAGCACGUCCAGGCCCUGCUCCGUGCCGUGGGACACCCAGUGCAGCCCUGUCGUGCCCUGGCCAGUCCCCGGCCAGACCGGGCACUGGUCCAGCUGCCCAGGCCCCUUUCUGAGGCGGAAGUUGCUGUCCUGGAGCAGCAGGCCCAGCAUCUGGACCUAGAUGGGGCCUCCGUGUCACUGGCCCCCGUGCCCCAGGCCCGGGCAGUGCGUGUGGUGGGGGACACUCCCCCUGAGGACCAGUUGCUGCUACAGUUGUACCUGGAGAAUGAGUGCCACAGUGGCGGUGGGCCCCUGGAGGGCCUGCGCAGGCUGCCCGGGCCCCUGGGCACCGUCAUCUCCUUCCAGCAGUGGCAGGUGGCAGAACGGGUGUUACAGCAGGACCACUGGCUGCAAGGCUCGAAACUGGACCUCGUCCCUCACUACGACGUCCUGGAACCCGAGCAGCUUGCCGAGGACGCCAGCGCGGGGGACCGCCCGUCCGUGCCGGGACCUGGGGCCACUGAGCCUGCUCCCCUGGAAGCUGGAGAGCUGGCCGGGGACUGGAACGGUGCCGAGCCUGCGGCAGCGGGCUCUGGGAAGGCACCAGGGCAAUCGGAGGCCUCUCUGAGGGCGGGUUCUGUGGGGUCUCCAGGCCCAGAGAACCCGGUGGAGACUGGUGUGGGGCUGCCAGGGCAGGAGGGGGUGGUGGAGACGGUGCUGCCCGCGGAGCCUGCGGCAGCGGGCUCUGGGAGGGCACCAGGGCAAUCGGAGGCCUCUCUGAGGGCGGGUUCUGUGGGGUCUCCAGGCCCAGAGAACCCGGUGGAGACUGGUGUGGGGCUGCCAGGGCAGGAGGGGGUGGUGGAGACGGUGCUGCCCGCGGAGCCUGCGGCAGCGGGCUCUGGGAGGGCACCAGGGCAAUUGGAGGCCUCUCUGAGGGCGGGUUCUGUGGGGUCUCCAGGCCCAGAGAACCCGGUGGAGACUGGUGUGGGGCUGCCAGGGCAGGAGGGGGUGGUGGAGACGGUGCUGCCCGCGGAGCCGGGCGCCGUGCGCUUCCUGCAGCUCUACCACGAGGAGCUUCUGGCCAGCCUGGGUGAGGUCGCCCUCUUCCCCCUUGAAGAGACCGACGUGACCGGCUUUCGGCUGUGUGGAGCGCUGGCCCCCUGCCAGGCAGCUGAGGAGUUUCUGCAGAGCCUGCUGGGCACCGUCAGCUGCCACGUUCUGUGCCUGAGGCACCCGGGCAGCACCAGGUUCCUGCUGGGCCCCGAGGGGCGGCGCCUUCUUCAGCAGCUGGAGGCCCAGUUCCAGUGUGUCCUGGGGACAGAGCGACUGGCUGGGGCCGCCCCGCACCUGGACCCUGAAGAGGUGGAUCCCACCGAAGCCCUCCAGAUCCUCCCUGGCCAAGUCCACACCCCGGCACCCCAAGAUAGAACAGGCAGUGACCAGAAUGAGAACCUGGAAGAGGUGCAAGAGCUGCUGGCCACCCUGGAGAGCCUGGACAGGGAGGAGUGGCUACCACUGGAGAUGGGGGAGGAGGAGCCCGAGGAGAAGGAGCCUGUGGCCCCCAGCGCUGGAGUCCCUGGGAGGCUGGAGGAGGAGGCCGCGCUGCAGCUGGCCCUCUGUCGCUCGCUGGAACCGCAAGGCCAGCUGGUUGGGCAGGAAGAGGCUGCUGCACUGCAGAGAGCCCUGGCCAUCUCCCUGUUGGAGGCAGAAGAGCCCUGUGGCAGUGGGACUGAUGGCAGGGCCCAGCUGGUUGUACAUGUGGCCUUCGAUCAGGACGUGGAGGAACUGGGCCUGGCACUGGAGGCUGCCUUGGAGGCACAGCUCCGGGAGGAGACUGUGGGGCUGCGGGGCCGUGUGCUUCCCGUGGAGCUGUGCGCUCGCGUGGAGAAGCGCCAUGAUGUGAGUGUGGCUCUGUGCAGCGACUACGCUGUCCUCCGCGGCUUCGGGGCCCAGCCUGCCCGAGCGGCCCGCCACUUGGCUGCACUGCUUGCUGGCCCCUUUCCUUUGGUGGCUGCAGAGCCCACCUUGCCAGAUGAGGGGCUGCAGGGGCCCUUGGGCAGGCUGGAGGGUCUAGCAGAGAGCACCAGAGAGUUCCAGGAUGUGGUGCGGGCCUUCUACGACACCUUGGAUGCUGCCCACAGCAGGAUUCACAUCAUUCGGGUGGAGCGCGUGUGGAACCCGCUGCUGCAGCGGCAGUACGAGCUGCAGCGUGAGCGCCUGGAGCAGCGCUGCGCGCGGCGCCCGGCCGAGCGGGUCCUGUACCACGGCACCUCGGCGUCCGCCGUGCGGGACAUCUGCGCGCACGGCUUCAACCGGAGUUUCUGCGGCCGCAACGGCACGCUCUACGGGCAGGGCGUGUACUUCGCCCAGCACGCCUCCCUGUCGGUGCAGGACCGGUACUCGCCCCCCGACGCCGACGGCCACAAGGCGGUGUUCGUGGCGCGGGUGCUGACCGGCGACUACGGGCUGGGCCACAGCAGCCUGCGGGCGCCGCCCCCGCGAGCCUCGGGCCACGCGCUGCUGCGCUACGACAGCGCGGUGGACUGCCUCCGCCAGCCCAGCAUCUUCGUCAUCUUCCACGACACGCAGGCGCUGCCCACGCACCUCAUCACCUGCAGGCGCGCGUCCCCGGCGUCCCCCGGGGCCCCCCUGGGGCUCCUGGACAGCUCCCCGGCCACCUGACCCCAGAGGCGGCUUUCUGGCCUGCUGCUCCCCAGGCUCCCUCCCCCGGGGACACCCCGCCUCCUGCGGCGAGCGCGCAGGGCCGAGGCCCCCUCCCGGUCUGGGCGGGUCCGGCCAGCAGAGGUCAGCAGUGUGCGGGAGGCGGGCGGGCCGGGCGGGUGGGGGGACCUCGCCCGAGCGCGGCUGUGACGUGUGUGAAUAAACCUGUGCGUGAAACCA